AAUGAGUUCAAUCGGUACCGGCUACGAUCUCGCCGCCUCUACUUUUUCUCCUGAUGGCAGAAUUUUCCAAGUCGAGUACGCUCAAAAGGCUGUCGACAAUGCAGGAACAAUGAUUGCAAUUCGUGGCAAGAACGGAGUUGUGGUCGUUGCUGACAAGCUGAUCUCUUCCAAACUUUACACUGAUAACGCUAAUCCAAGAAUGUUUAACGUGAACGACAAUGUUGGUGUCGCAGUUGCUGGAAACUAUCCAGAUGGUUUCGCUCUGAAGAACUAUGCUUACGGAGAAGCAAUGAAGUGGCUCAAAGACUACCGUGAGCCAAUGCCGAUUCAGAAUAUUGCUAACUCAGUUGCUGAGUACAUUCACAUUCACACUCUCGGCAUUAGUCGUCCGUUUGGAGCAGGAGCCUUCUUCAUGUCAUGGAACAAACAAACUGGAGGACGUCUUUUCCUUGUGGAGCCAUCAGGUCUAAACUAUGAAUACAAGGCAUGGGCUGUCGGAAAACAUCGCCAAGCCGCAAAAGCUGAGAUUGAGAAGCUGAAGAUCGAGGAGCUGGAUGUGAAUCAACUCGUGAAGGAAGCUGCUCGAAUCAUUAUGGUGGUGCGUGACGAGAACAAGGAUAAAAACGUUCAAAUCGAAAUGGGAUGGGUCGGUGAGCAGACGAACGGAAAGUACGAAGAAGUUCCAAGCGAGGUUGUCACUGCUGCCGAGGAAUGGGCUAUUGCCAAGCUUGACGAGGACGACAUGGACGAUUGAAUCAUUCUCGUGUAUUUAUUCACAUUUUUAAUUUAUUAUCAGCUCUCUUCUUUCUGCCCUGGUAAACUUCUUGCGCUCGGCGAGUCAUUUUAUUGUACUUCAAACCGACUCACCGACUUCAAGAAGAACUUUUUGCACCCGGAUGUUUUUUUUUAACUUUUUCUGUUCAUUAUUUUUCGGUUUCCCGGUAUUACCCAUUUUUCUCAAUACAAAUUCAGACAAACC